AUGUCUUCAUUCGCCAAGCCUAUUCCCAACAGCAUUCUCAUUUUCGGAGCAGCCGCGCAUAUUGGCAGACCCUUGACCGAAUUUCUUUCCCGAGAGGCUCCCACUAUCAAGUUACGACUCGCGACGAGCAGCCCGAACAAGAAGAAACAGCUUCAGGAUGCUUUUCCGGACGCCGAAGUAGUUGAAGCCAACUAUUCAGACGUUUCAUCUCUCUCCGCCGCCCUAACUGGCAUUGAGGGUGUCUUUGUAAUCACUCCAGGAGGCAUCUCGGAAGAGAAGGCUAUGACAAACUUGAUUGCUGCUCUGAAGCAGGCCAAGUGCGUCAUACAUAUCAUACGCCUAAUGGGAGUCUUCCCGGAGAUUUCGCCUUCACAGGUGCCUACUACACUCGGUCCGGGAUCCCUUCCCAUAGAACACCCAAUCGCCAAACGCAUACUGGAUGCAAGUGGGCUGCCUAUCACCUACAUAAACUCUGGAGCAACCUUCAUGGACAACUUCUGGAUCCAAAUAAAGUCGGUCAUUGCAAAGAAGACCCUGAUCUGGCCAGAGCAUCGUGUGCCCUUUCUGGACCCUCGAGACAUCGCAGAGGUUGCGGGUAGACUGUUCUUGUCCAACAACGCGAAGCACAUUGGUGCAUUUCACACAAUGAAUAAUGGUCAUGACUGGCUCACGUUCGAGGAGGUGGCAGCUAUGUUGUCUGAAGUACUCGGCGAAUCGAUUGCGUACGAUGGAAGCUUCGAGGCGUUUUCUGGUUUCUAUGGAUCUGUCAUGGGACCUCAACUGGUGCAAGCCAUGUGGAACUUUUUCAAGUAUGAGGAGGCGCAUGAAGAAGUUUGGUCAUUGAACAAUUUCGUGGAGAGGACUCUUGGCAGGAAGCCCACAACUGUCAGGGAUUGGCUGGAGGAACACAAGGCUGGAUUGAUAAAAGGUACCGGAGAUGCCCCUUGGGCCUCAAAAGCAUGA